UCCAGACGCCUGUCGCGGAGGUUCGGAGCGUGCGCAGAAGGCGUCCGAGUCUGAAGCUCUGGAGCGGUCACUCCAGCGCCGAGCGGCGCCCGCGAGGGCCUGUGAGGCCCUCGAAGUCGCUCCUCUGGUGUGGCCAUGGCCGCCAGCCUAUGGAUGGGAGACCUGGAGCCCUACAUGGAUGAGAACUUCAUCUCCAGAGCCUUCGCCACCAUGGGGGAGACCGUGAUGAGCGUCAAAAUUAUCCGCAACCGCCUCACUGGGAUUCCAGCGGGCUACUGCUUUGUAGAGUUCGCAGAUUUGGCUACAGCAGAGAAGUGUUUGCAUAAAAUUAAUGGAAAACCCCUUCCAGGAGCCACGCCUGCAAAACGUUUUAAAUUGAACUAUGCCACUUAUGGGAAACAACCAGAUAACAGUCCUGAAUACUCCCUUUUCGUGGGGGACUUGACUGCAGACGUGGAUGACGGCAUGCUGUACGAAUUCUUCGUCAAAGUCUACCCCUCUUGUCGAGGAGGCAAGGUGGUUUUAGACCAGACGGGCGUGUCUAAGGGUUACGGAUUCGUGAAAUUCACAGAUGAACUUGAACAGAAGCGAGCCCUGACAGAGUGCCAGGGAGCAGUAGGACUGGGGUCUAAACCUGUGCGGCUGAGCGUGGCCAUCCCCAAAGCGAAGCUGUCAUGGCUCUUCACUCACUUCUCUGUCUCUUGGCAGACAUAUGAAGAAGUCGGAGAUGAUGCACUGGAAGACCCCAUGCCACAGCUGGAUGUGACAGAGGCCAACAAGGAGUUCAUGGAGCAGAGUGAGGAACUGUAUGACGCACUAAUGGACUGUCACUGGCAGCCUCUGGACACGGUGUCUUCAGAGAUCCCCGCCAUGAUGUAGUCAGGACAAAGGAUAAACCUGAAUGGACUAUGUUCUUUUUUAAAAUAUUGUGAACCCUUUUUAUCUUUUUGGAAAUAUGAUUUCUAAGAUUUUAA